AUGUUUUACACGGAUGAAGAGCAAACGAAAUUUGGAGCCACGUCUAGCGACGAGCUUAUGCUCAAGUUGAAGAAGACUCUGUGUGGUUUGAAGAAGUCUGGGAGUUUGUGGACCCACUGA